AUGGCGAGCAUCCUCGGAAGCUGGUUCGGCGUUGGAGAUGACGUGGAGAGUGAUUCGGAGAGCGGCGGGAGCGGGGCGGGGAGCGAGAGCGAUGGAGCGACGACGCCGAGGGCGCGACGGGACGCGGAGGAGGCGGAGCAACGGGCGUUGUUGCCGCCGGCGACGACGCUGCAUUCGUACGAAGACGUUCGAAGAGCGGUGAAUGGGAAUCGGAGCGAGGAGGACUACCCGUCGGGGCUGACGAACGGGGGGAACACGUGCUUCGCCGCGGCUGCGUUGCAGUGCUUGAGGCGGGCGACGCCGCUGACGGCGUGGUUUGACGACGUGGAUACGUUUCACGACGCGAAGCGGUGCGCGGAGACGAGACGAUUUUGCGUCGUCUGCGAGUACGCGCGGCACUUGGAGCGGGCGAGGGAGUCGAGGGACGCGCACAGCAUCGGGAGGUUGACGAAGGACAUUAGCAAGGUGGCGAAACAGUUUCGCCGCGGACGACAGGAGGACUCGCACGAGUUCAUCACGGCGCUUCUGGACGCCAUGCACGUGAUGUUCUUGAAGGAUUUGGGCGGAGAGAAAAAGUUUGAUCUUAGAACGCAGGAGACGACGGUGAUUUAUCACGUCUUUGGCGGGUACACUCUGGGCACGGUGAAGUGCCUGGAGUGUGGGUACGUGAGUAAAAGCUUUCAGAGCACGUUGGACAUCCCGCUCGAGGUGACGGGGAAGAUAACUUCCAUCGAAGAGGCGUUGCGGGAAAAUUUCUGCUCCGAAGAACUCUUACAGGGAUCGAACAAGUACAAGUGUUCAAAGUGCAAGGCGCUGGUUCGAGCGAAAAAAGGCACCAAGAUUCACGUCUCACCAAACAUUCUGACCAUCCCUCUGAAGAGAUACUCCACCGGGAGGUUCAGUAAGAUCACGAAAUACGUAACGUAUCCGGCAACGUUCUCGCUGGUCGAGUUCAUGAGCGACGACGCACCUUACGAGGAAUCCGCACCGGAGUACGAGCUCUUUGGUGUCCUCGUGCACCAGGACUUUUAUGCCAGCGCGCACGCCGGACAUUACGUGGCGUACGUGAAAUUAAGGGACGAUUCGUGGGUGUUGUGUAACGAUAAUCGCAUCUCGCCUUCCUCGGAGAAGGAAGCGAUGAAGCAAAAGGCGUACAUUCUAUUUUAUGAGCGCUCUCGCGCGCGCGGGGCGCCGCCCAUUCGGCCACCGGGAUACUUGGAGGAACUCAAGCUCGCUCGCGACGCCGAGCGUGGGGCGCCGGCGACGAGACAAGAUGAUGAAUUGGCGGCGCGUGAGCAGAUGUUGGAUCAAUCGACGUCUUCGACGGCGGAGAGAUUGGUAUCCAAGCUCGAUUCAAUGACGCUUUCUGAAUCAGCCCAAGGAGCCGUCUCGUCGCCUCGGGCGACGUUGACGCCGUCGGCGAGCAUUCGACGCGUUGUGCGACCGGAUGUGCCCACGAGCGGUCAACCAACGUACAUCAUGGAGACGGUCCGUACGGAGAAAGGUCGUGAACUGCGUGUGUCAGUCACUUUGCCAGGGUGCGUCACUGCGCGCGAGUUUGAGGUCGAGCUCACCACGCGAACCAAGUCUAGCCCUUCGUGCUUGGUCAUCAAGGCACCGACGCUCUACACGGACCCGUUGGAAAUAUCUCUGCCGGACAACGUGGAUGAUCCCACGAAAAGUUCAUUCAUCAAAAACUCUUCGAAGUUGAACGUGCGCUUUCCAAUCCAUGAAGGUAAUUGA